AGAUAAGCCGGUUUGGCUUAUGUCGCUUGGUUUCUAGCUUUCUGUGCAAUGGAGCUCCAGUUCCCUGACGUUUCUCAACUACGCUUCUCGUCGUCAUGCUCCUUCCUCACGUUCUUUGUCUCCUCUGAUACACCCCGUAGACCAGCAAAGAAAGCAAAACCUCCAUUUUUAUUGGUAAAUUCGGAAAAAAGGAAUUCUGAUGCUUUGAAAGGACUUCAGAAGGAAGCAAAUAAAGAUCUCUCUCGGAUACUGAGGACCGAGGCUGCUGUUAAGGGCAUUGAAAAGAAGGCGAAUUCGAAGACGGCGAGGAACCUGUGGCCAAAAGCGGUUUUAGAAGCUUUGGACGAUGCAAUACGCAACAAUCAGUGGGAAUCUGCUCUCAAGAUUUUUGGGCUUCUUCGUAAGCAACAUUGGUACCAACCAAGAUGCCAAACUUACACAAAGCUAUUAAUGAUGCUUGGGAAAUGCAGACAACCAAAGCAGGCAAGCUUGUUGUUUGAGUUCAUGCUGUCUGAAGGGCUCAAACCCACUGUUGACGUUUACACUUCACUUGUGAGUGCCUAUGGCCUCAGCGGUCUCCUAGAUGAGGCAUUUCGUACUUUAGAUGAUAUGAAGUCUGUCUCUGAUUGCAAACCAGAUGUGUACACAUAUUCAAUCCUCAUCAAGUGUUGCACUAAACUUCAUCGUUUUGAUCUAAUAGAUCAUAUUCUCACUGAGAUGUCAUAUUUGGGAAUUAGGUGUUGCACUGUUACCUAUAAUACCAUAAUUGAUGGAUAUGGUAAGGCCGAGAUGUUUGAACUGAUGGAGAGCUCACUGAUGGACAUGAUUGAGAAUAGUGAAUGCCUGCCUGAUAUUUACACUCUAAACUCUUUCAUCUGGGCAUAUGGAAAUGCUGGACAGAUUGAGAAGAUGGAGGAGUGGUAUGAUGAGUUCCAACAUAUGGGGAUUACACCAGACAUAAAGACAUUUAAUAUCCUAAUCAGAUCAUAUGGAAAAGCAGGCAUGUAUGAGAAAAUGGGGAUGGUUUUGGAGUUUAUGAGGAAAAGAUUCUUUUCUCCUACUAUUGUUACUUUCAACAUAGUUAUUGAGAUGUUUGGAAAAGGGGGAAAUAUCAAACAGAUGGAGCACUUCUUUCAAGUAAUGAAGCACCAAGGUUUGAAGCCUAAUUCUAUUACUUACUGUUCUCUUAUUAGUGGGUAUACUAAAGCUGGUCUAAUAAAGAGGGUUGAUUCAAUCAUGAGGCAAGUAGAAAAUUCUGAUGUAGUUCUGGAUACUCCAUUCUUUAACUGUGCCAUCAAUGCCUAUGGCCAGUCUGGGGAUGUAAAGAAGAUGGAGGAAAUCUUCUUGACGAUGAAGGAGAGGAAAUGCAAACCUGAUAGCAUUACUUUCGCUACCAUGAUUGAAGUGUACAAUGCCCAUGGCAAGGCUAAGGCCUCUCAAAAAUUGGAGAUGCAAUUAUAUGAUAGGAAUAAAAAUUCAGGUCUAUACCGGAAGCAUUAUCUCAAGCUGAAUGGAGGGAUGCUAUGAUGGCCGAACUAGAUGCAUUGUACAAGAAUCAUACCUGGGAUAUUGUUGACUUGCCGAAGGGGAAGAAACCAGUGGGUUGUAAAUGAGUGUUUACCAUUAAAUAUCACUCUGAUUGCUCUGUUGAGAGGUUUAAGGCUCAGUUGGUUGCUAAUGGCUACACUCAAAUGUAUGGCAUUGACUAUUUUGAGACAUUUGCUCCUGUAACUAAGAUGAUCUCAGUAAGGGCUUUACUAUCUCUAGCUGCUACUUUUGACUGGCCUCUACACCAGUUUGAUGUUAAAAAUGCCUUCUUGAAUGGAGACCUACAUGAAGAGGUCUAUAUGUCUCUACCUCCAGGA